CAAAUAGACGAAAGGCAGGGCAUCUUCUGAGAAAACAGAUAAGGCAAAGAAGAAAAAAGCAGGCCAUCUUCCUGGAAGAAGAGAUGAAAAAGACUUAGAUAUUGUGGAAUAUAGUUCAAUUGCUCAAUUAGGUGAUGUUUUAGUUUAACCUUCUUUGUCUAUGCGAAGUGCCUCUCUUCACUUGCACUUAAUGGCUUCCUCUUCUUCUUCUUCAUCAUCAUCCAUUACUCCUAAAAUAGAGUAUGAAGUUUUCCUUAGUUUCUGUGGUGUGGACACCCGACAAAACAUUACCAGCCAUCUUUAUGAAGCCUUUUGUCAAAAAAAGAUUAAAACUUUCAUUGAUGAUAGCCUUGUUAGAGGAGAAGAAAUUUCUAUAUCUCUCUUGAAGGCAAUUGAACAUUCAAAGAUCUCGGUUAUCAUUUUUUCUAAAGGGUAUGCUUCCUCAAGAUGGUGUCUCAGAGAACUUGAAGAGAUUGUUAAAUGUAAGAACACGUAUGAUCAGAUCGUAAUACCAGUCUUCUAUCAAGUAGAUCCAUCUGAUGUCAGGAAUCAAACUGGGGAUUUUGGGAAAGCAUUUGCUGAGCUAGAAAAGCGUUUUAUGGAUGAUUCAGAGAUGUUGCAGAGAUGGAGAACUGCUUUGAGGGAUGCAGCCAACCUAUCUGGUUAUGAUUCAAAGAACUCUAGGAAUGAGGCAGCAUUGGUAAAAGAUAUUGUCAAUGAUAUAUGGAGGAAAUUGGAUUACAACUCCUCAUUUAUUCUUACCAAGAAGCAAGUUGGACUAGAGUCAUCAAUUGAAGAGAUUGAAAAUUUAUUAUGUUCAAAAGGUGUUUGCAAGCUAGGAAUUUGGGGCAUCGGGGGCAUAGGAAAAACUACUCUUGCUAGUGCUAUAUUUAAAAAAAUCUCUAAACAGUUUGAAGAAUCUUACUUCAUUUCGAAUAUUAGAGAAGAAUCAGAAAAAAGCAGGGGAUUAAAUGACUUAUACCAAAAACUGAGUUCUGUAGUUUUAGGGGAUGAACAUCCCAAUCAUAGAUUUGCCUUCACAAGAAGAAGUCUUAUUAGCAGAAAAAAAGUUCUUAUUGUGUUUGAUGAUGUAACGAAUUUAAAUCAAAUGCAAUGUUUAAUGACAGUUUUUGAUGGCUUGGAUUCGUACAGUCAAAUCAUUAUAACGUCGAGGGAUAAACACGUGCUAAGAAAUUGUGAAGUGGAUCACAUUCAUGAGAUGACAAAGUUAUCUCCUCAUAAUGCUUUUCAACUUUUUGCCUUACAUGCCUUUAAAGGAAACCCUCCAACAGAAGAUUAUAUCGAGCUAUCAUUUAGAGUACUAGAUUAUGUUGAGGGUCUUCCUUUAGCUCUUGAAGUUUUAGGUUCCUUUCUAUUCACUAGGACGAAGAGAGAAUGGGAAAGUGCACUAGAAAACAUGAGAACAAGUCCUCAUGUGGAUGUCCAAAAGGUACUAAAAAUAAGUUACGAAGGAUUAGAUGAUAAACAGAAGCGUGUAUUUUUGGAUAUUGCAUGUUUCUGUAAAGGUAUAAAAGAG